AUGCAGUCCGCCUCAAGCCAGCUCGCAUCUUCUCCUGUAUACGGCUCGCCAUCUCAUCCUAACCCCGCCAACCGCUCGAUCUAUCCUUCGCAAGACCAACCGUACUCUCAAGGCCGGAUCACAUACGAUGGAGGGAAGAUCGAAGGUGGUCCUACCGCCGGCGUGAGGGUCAGGAAUUGGCUCAUGUUGAUCCACUUCCUGUUCAUCGCUGUCGACCUCGUCCUUACUGCCAUCUUCACCUUCAACAUCCUCUUCCUGAGCUUGCACGCAGCCAUGCUCAUAGCUUUCCUCAUCUACAUCCCUGCUGCCUUUGCAUUCACCAGCCGCCGGCGCAAGACGCGCUUUGACCACGCUGGAGGAGAAGUCGCAUACUUGGUGGUACAGCAGAUCGGCUGGCUAUUGAGCGGUAUCUUCGCCACCAUCCAAACGAUCACCACUUCGUGCACUGUACCUCACCGCACUGGCUUCGGAGGAAACUUCCACUGGGUCUACACCCCCGCUCGCUACUGCACCUUCUCCGCCGUCAACCUCGGCCUCUCCUUCGGCCACUUCAUCUUCCUGGUGGGAUGGAUGACGUGGAUCAUAAUGGUGGUGUACAGGAGCAGUCCCGGAAACCCCACCAAGGCGUUCAAGAUCAGUACGGGGUGGCUCCUGCGGGGAUGGCAGGGAUAG